AUGCGCCACAAUUUGAUCGGGCAUCUUAUGAAACAUCGAUUUCAAGAAGUGUUGCUGCUGGGUACUGAUUGCUUGCAUUUUUUGCGCUGUGAUGUUGAAUUUUCUACGAUUUUUAAAAAAACAUUUUUUCGCAAAAAAUUUGAAUGUUACUCAGUGGUGACAGUUUUUGCGGAUGAUGCGGAUGCUCCACAGAAUGCUCGCAUUACUUAUUCACUGUCUGAGGAUGCAUCAGCUGGAAAGGAGCACCGUAAAGACGCGAGCUUCUUCCGGAUUAUCAAUGAAAAUAGCGGCGAAAUAACACUCGUCAAUCAAAUCCCUUCGCACAAAGAUCGUUUCGUAUUCAACGUGAUUGCUGACGAUAACGGGAAACCAGUUUCGCAGCGAAGUACGGUACAAGUGGUUGUAAACGUACACGAAAAACAACAAAGCGCUCCGCAAUGGCAAACUAACGGUGAAUGCAAGACAGUGGUUACAGUGGACGAGGACAUUCCGAUCAAUUCUGUGUUACUGCGUUGUUUAGCAAUUCCUGGUGAUGGUUCCAGGAGUCCAAUUUCAUACAAAAUGGCAAAUGGAGCUAGCCGUGGUACCAAUAAUGAAAAACAUUUUCGGGAAUUUUUGGAAAAAACUGAUGGCCGUGACUGGGUUGUGGUACGAAAUAUGGUCGGUUUGGAUUACGAACAGCAGCAAAAUUAUACACUUACAUUAUCUGCUAUGGUGGGUUCAGUUCUUACUGUAAUGCUACUAACAAUUUAUACACCUAAUUAA